AUGUCUGGAAAACGAGUCCCCACUUACACCACCACUAACGGUAACCCCGUCAAGGACCCCCUCGCCUCCCAGCGAAUCGGCAAGCACGGACCUCUCCUGCUCCAGGACUUUGCCCUGAUCGACCUGCUCGCCCACUUCGACCGAGAGCGAAUCCCCGAGCGAGUUGUCCACGCUAAGGGAUCCGGUGCUUACGGAGAGUUCGAGGUCACUGACGAUAUCACCGACCUCAACUGCGCCGAUUUCUUGUCCAAGAUCGGUAAGAAGACCAAGACCUUCACUCGAUUCUCCACCGUUGGAGGAGAGAAGGGAUCCGCCGAUGCUGCUCGAGACCCCCGAGGUUUCGCCACCAAGUUCUACACCGACGAGGGAAACAUUGACUGGGUCUACAACAACACCCCCGUCUUUUUCAUCAGAGACCCCUCCAAGUUCCCCGUUUUCAUCCACACUCAGAAGCGAAACCCCGAGACCAACCUCAAGGACGCCACUAUGAUGUGGGACUACAUUGCCAACAACCAGGAGUGUUGCCACCAGAUCAUGGUCCUCUUCUCCGACCGAGGUACUCCCGCUAACUACCGACAGAUGAACGGUUACUCCGGCCACACCUACAAGUGGAUCAAGAAGGAUGGCUCUUUCAACUACGUCCAGAUCCACAUGAAGACCGACCAGGGCAUCAAGAACCUCACCAAUGACGAGGCUGUCGCUCUCUCCGGAACCAACCCCGACCACGCCCAGGAAGACCUCUUCAACUCCAUCAAGAGUGGCUCUUUCCCCUCUUGGACUUGUUACGUCCAGGUCUGCACCCCCGAGCAGGCUGAGAAGCUCAAGUGGUCCGUCUUUGACCUCACCAAGGUCUGGCCUCACGACCAGUUCCCUCUCAGACGAUUCGGUAAGCUCACUCUUAACAAGAACGUCCAGAACUACUUCGCUGAGACCGAGCAGGCUGCCUUCUCUCCCUCCAACACCGUCCCCGGCUGGGAGACCUCGGCCGAUCCCGUCCUGCAGUCUCGACUCUUCUCUUAUCCCGAUACUCAGCGACACCGACUCGGUACCAACUUCGCCCAGAUCCCCGUCAACUGUCCCUACCAUGCCCAUACUCCUUACCACCGAGAUGGUCAGAUGGCUGUUAACGGCAACUCCGGCUCUCUGCCCAACUACCCCUCUUCUUUCGAGCCCCUGCAGUACCGACAGGACAUCAACCUGCAUGAGAAGCACGAGAAGUGGGUUGGUGAGGCCGUCGCCUACCAGUGGGUUGUCGGCACCGACGGUGUUGACUUCCAGCAGCCCGCUGAGCUCUGGAAGGUUCUUGGAAAGACCCCAGACCAGCAGGAACACCUUGUUUACAACAUCGCUGUCUCUCUGUCCGGUGCUCGACCCGAGGUCCAGGACAAGACCUUUGGCAUGUUCGACAAGGUCGAUGCUCACUUCGGUAAGCUCGUCCGAGACGCUACUCUUCAGCGAUCUCCUCGAUCCAAGCUUUAA